AUGGCUACGACCUCGUCUAUGUUUAUGUAUAGCUUGACAGUCCAACCUCCAACGGCCGUCACUCAAGCUAUCCUGGGACAAUUCGCAGGGACGAAAGAGCAACAGAUUGUCACUGCUUCCGGAUCUCGCCUCACAUUACAUCGUCCGGAUCCUUCGCAGGGAAAAAUUGUCACGGCUCUUUCCCAUGAUGUCUUUGGUAUCAUCAGAGCUAUAGCCGCCUUCAGGCUGGCUGGUAGCAGCAAAGAUUAUAUCAUCAUAACAUCCGACUCGGGCCGCAUCACGAUAGUGGAGUUUGUUCCUGCACAAAACCGCUUCAAUCGAUUACAUUUAGAGACAUUUGGAAAAUCAGGUGUGCGAAGAGUCAUCCCAGGUCAAUAUCUUGCUGUUGAUCCGAAAGGACGCGCUUGCCUGACCGCCUCGGUGGAAAAAAAUAAACUUGUGUAUGUGCUGAAUCGCAAUUCACAAGCUGAGCUUACCAUCUCAUCACCGUUGGAAGCUCACAAAGCCCAGACGUUGGUUUUCGCCUUGGUUGCCCUCGAUGUGGGUUAUGCCAAUCCGGUUUUCGCAAUGCUGGAAGUUGAUUAUGGGGAUUCUGAUCAAGACCCUACUGGACAAGCGUAUGAGGAAAUCGAGAAGACUCUGGUGUAUUACGAGCUCGAUUUGGGUCUAAAUCAUGUGGUGCGCAAAUGGGCGGAUGCAGUUGAUCGAACCGCAUCAGUGCUUUUCCAGGUUCCAGGAGGAACCGAUGGCCCUAGUGGUGUUCUGGUCUGCGGAGACGACAACAUAACCUAUCGCCAUUCAAAUCAAGAAGCCUUCCGGGUUGCCAUUCCUAGGCGAAGAGGUGCCACAGAGGAUCCCCAAAGAAAGCGAUCAAUUGUCGCCGGUGUUAUGCACAAAUUGAAAGGUGCAGCUGGUGCUUUCUUCUUCCUCCUGCAAACCGAGGAUGGAGACUUGUUUAAGAUUACAAUAGAGAUGGUUGAAGAUGACCAGGGCCAGCCAACAGGCGAAGUCAAAAGGCUGAAGAUCAAGUACUUUGACACCGUUCCUGUCGCAUCCAGCUUAUGCAUUUUAAAGAGCGGAUUUCUCUUCGUAGCUAGCGAAUUCGGCGACCAUCAAUUCUACCAAUUUGAGAAGCUUGGUGAUGACGAUGAAGAGACCGAGUUCGUAAGCGACGAUUUUCCAACCGACCCUACCGAACCAUACACGCCUGUUUAUUUCCACCCUCGACAGGCUGAAAAUUUGAGUUUAGUCGAGAGUAUAGACUCGAUGAAUCCGCUCAUGGACUGCAAAGUCGCAAAUCUCACCAAUGCAGAUGCCCCGCAAAUCUACUCGAUAUGCGGAACCGGAGCCCGAAGCACAUUCCGAUCUCUGAAGCAUGGUCUGGAGGUUAGCGAAAUCGUAGAGUCAGAACUGCCUGGAGUACCUUCUGCAGUAUGGACUACCAAGCUAACUCAAGGCGACACUUAUGAUGCCUACAUUAUCCUGUCGUUCUCUAAUGGUACUCUGGUUCUGAGCAUUGGCGAGACUGUAGAAGAAGUUACAGAUACUGGCUUUUUAUCUACUGCGUCAACCCUAGCCGUCCAACAACUUGGCGAAGACGGAUUGAUUCAGGUCCAUCCGAAGGGAAUUCGACACAUUCGUGCAGAUCGCCGCGUCAACGAGUGGGCUGCACCCCAGCACAGGUCUAUCGUAGCUGCAACCACCAACGAACGACAGGUGGCCGUAGCCCUCAGCUCUGGUGAAAUCGUCUACUUCGAAAUGGACUCUGAUGGAUCAUUGGCAGAGUAUGACGAGAAGAAAGAGAUGAGUGGCACGGUCACAUGUCUGAGUCUCGGUGACGUACCUGAAGGUAGGGUCCGAAGUCCAUAUCUUGCAGUAGGAUGUGACGACUCUACUGUCCGUAUUCUUAGUCUCGAUCCCGAUUCAACGCUGGAAAACAAAUCGGUACAAGCAUUAACAUCAGCACCUUCUGCGCUGUCAAUUAUGGCUAUGGCAGACUCUUCUUCUGGGGGUUCCACUCUCUACCUUCAUAUUGGUCUCUACUCCGGUGUAUAUCUUCGAACGGUUUUGGACGAGGUUACUGGAGAGCUUACUGAUACUAGACUUCGUUUUCUUGGCCCCAAACCAGCGAAGCUUUUCAAGGUUUCUGUACAGGGCCAGACAGCAGUGCUUGCUCUAAGUUCCAGGCCGUGGCUUGGAUAUACGGAUCCUGUCACCAAGGCGUUUAUGUUGACACCUCUCAACUACCCAGCUCUCGAGUGGGGAUGGAAUUUUAGUAGUGAACAAUGUACAGAGGGCAUGGUUGGCAUCCAAGGCCAAAAUCUCAGAAUCUUCUCUAUUGAGAAGCUCACCGACAAUCUUCUCCAGGAGUCGAUACCUUUAACAUACACACCUCGACGAUUCGUGCGGCAUCCUGAACAACCUUUAUUCUAUACCAUUGAGUCCGAUAAUAAUGUUCUAUCACCAGCCACUAAGCAGAAACUGCUCGAAGAUCCCUCAGUGGUCAACGGCGAUGCUGCUGUGUUGCCACCCGAAGAGUUUGGCUAUCCCCGGGGAAGGGGUCACUGGGCAUCUUGCAUUUCUGUUGUUGACCCCGUCACGGAGAAGAAAGUACUACACACAAUACAUUUUGAGGGAAAUGAGGCCGCUGUGAGUGUCGCGACUGUAUCCUUCGCCAGCCAAGAAGACGAAGUAUUUCUUGUUGUUGGAACAGGUAAAGAUAUGAUUGCGACACCGCGUUCGUCGACUGCAGGCUUCAUUCAUGUUUAUAGAUUUCACGAAGAUGGUAAAGAACUCGAGCAUAUCCAUGAAACAAAGGUUGAAGAACCACCCAUGGCACUCCUUGGCUUUCAAGGAAGACUUCUGGCUGGUGUCGGCAAGGAUCUUCGGAUUUACGACCUCGGAAUGAAACAAUUACUCCGGAAGUCGCAAGCAGAGGUGGUGCCCAAUCUUAUUGUGGGUUUACGAACCCAAGGAAGCCGAAUCAUCGUUAGCGAUGUCCAAGAAAGUGUUGUGAUGGUUGUCUAUAAAUUCCAGGAGAACAGGCUUAUACCCUUCGUCGACGAUACAAUCGCACGUUGGACUUCGUGUUCUACAAUGGUUGAUUACGAGACAGUUGCUGGUGGUGACAAGUUUGGGAAUCUUUGGCUACUCCGGUGUCCCGCAAAAGCGAGUGAAGAAGCCGACGAGGAAGGUUCUGGUGCACACUUACUUCAUGAACGCCAAUACCUCCAAGGAGCGCCGCACAGAUUAACACUUAUGGCGCACUUUUAUUCGCAAGACAUUCCGAUGAGUAUUCAAAAGACUAAUUUGGUGGUUGGUGGACCAGAUUGUCUACUGUGGGCCGGCCUUCAGGGAACACUAGGUAUCCUAAUCCCAUUCGUUGGGCGUGAGGACGUGGACUUUUUCCAAACCCUGGAACAGCAUAUGCGGAAUGAGGAUGCUCCUCUUGCGGGCAGAGACCAUUUGAUUUACCGGAGUUAUUAUGUCCCAGUGAAAGGGAUGAUUGAUGGGGAUUUGUGUGAAAGAUAUACCCUCUUGCCCACGGACAAGAAACAAAUGAUUGCUGGAGAGCUCGACCGAUCGGUGCGAGAAAUUGAAAGGAAGAUUUCGGACAUUCGAACGCGCUCAGCGUACUGA